GUGAAGAAACUGUUUACAGCGAACGGUGCUGCUAUACGGCUAGUGAAAAGCACGAAAAAUGACGGUACCGAUAAGCUGGCUACAAGACCCACUCAGAUCGGAUUCGACUUCGAUGGGGAAAGGCUAUCUAUUUGGUCAGUGGCCCGUGAACGGGUUGCUUCCUCAACAAAACUCAAUCACGAUGGACACAUGAUCCUCUAUUUUUCUGCCCACGAUUGCCUCAUUAGGAAGAUGGGAAUCAUGCAUUUUGGUUUGCAAAAUGGAAUAGUGUUCCAAAUCGAUAAGGAUAAACCAGUCGACGAUGUAUCCACAGGCAAAGGUAACGCGAUCACGUAUGCCACUGUCAAACCACGACCUACGCUAGCUACUGCUCCA